AUGCCAUAUGUAUGUGGCUUGCGAGUGGGAGUAAGAGAAAGUUCAUUUGCAAUUUCUCAAAUUGCUAGUUAUACAAAUGACUAUUGCGAAGAAGAAUCAAAAAAUGUAGAAAAUAUUUCUUUUGCCACAUAUAUACGUCUGUUGUACUGCUUUUCCUGCGUAGUAUUUCUAAUUGGUUUUUCAUGUGUCACCAUAGGAAAUGAAGGAAUUAUCUAUUUAAUUUUCUCCUUUUUCCCUAGUUGUGUUUACCUAUACUUGUUUAGAAUAAAAAUCAAUAGAAGAAUAAAAUUUUUGCAUGCUGUCGAAAUGAUAUUGUAUGGAGCUGUACCAUCUAUUGUUUUGGCCGGCACGUUAGAAUAUUUCUGUUCAUUAUUUUUUUUUCAUUUCUGUUAUAUUUGUUUUGUGAAAGAAAUAGGGGGAUCUCUUUUACUUUUGUGUUCAAUAGUGGUAUUUUUUUACUUCUUCCUGGUAGUGGCGUAUGUAGAAGAAUUUUCAAAAAUCCUUCCUAUGAUUUUUGUUCAAAUAAAUGAAGACAAAAAUAAAAGCGAAUAUAUAGAAUUAUCCCUCGUUGAUAACAAGUGCUUUUUAGAUAAAAAUGUACAUAAAGAAGAUGAUGAUGAUGAUUUUAGGAAAAAAGACCACAUUAUGGAUAAAUUUAAAUAUAUUUAUGCAAGUGACAUAUUAGAAUAUAUAUUUUUUUCCUUAUGCUCAUCUGCCGGAUUUUCAAGCACCGAAAACUUGCUUUACGCUACCCAGACGACAAAGCAGAACUUCUUAUCAGUAAUAGUACUAAGAAAUAUGAUCUGUGUGUUGUUUCACAUGUGUUGUUCAGGGGUAACUUCUUAUUACAUAGCCAUCAGCGUUUUCCAUAAAAGCAGAAAGGGUUACUUAGCAAAAUUGUUGAUCUUCUUGAGGCACCUAUUUUUACCUGCCCUCUUUCACGCAGUAUACGACUAUUCCAUAUACUUCAGCACAUUGAAUAUACAUAAGUACCAAGUUUUUUUUUUGACCCUUUCGUUUACGUGCUGCUUUUUCUGCAUGCUUUUGAUCUUUUCCGUUAUAGUAAAACACACCAUGUACAAGGAACACGCAUAUGAAGAUAUGCAAUUGAAUGUGUAA